UAGAGAGUGAUUAUUGAUCAAUAUCCAAGUUUUUUAUUUCCAUUGUGUUUGACAUUUUCCUUAUAGAAUUAGGAGAAUAACGGGAGAAUUGUUGACACAACGUCAUGGCAACUGCAGUGCCUAUGGACCAAGGCAACUUGAAUGGUAUGGUAGACUCCACGAAAGAGCCCAAUGACCUUGACAGUGUCCUCACCGGACUGAGGAAGAAUUUGGCCCUGUUAGAAGUUGCAGUGUUAACCAAAGAACUUAGACUUAUUUCACGUGUUUUGCGUCAUUUUACAAGGAUUCGUAAACAGUUGAAUGAACAAAUUCUCUAUCAAGUGAUCCAAGAACAAAUACAGAACAGAUCUUCCUCUUCAUCGGCGCUGCUCCAAUCACUUUUGAGGUUUCUUCCAGAAAGUGGUUCCCAUAUGGACGAAAACGGUCGUGCCAUGGAAGUCGACGUUCGACGCGAGGAAAAGCAGCAUAGAAAAGGUACUGGAGAGAGUACUGAGACGCUGCUUCCUGAAAUAAUUGCUUUUCUUUAUUUACUUGCAAGUGCCCAUCUAGUGGACCUAGGGAAAAAGCAAGAGGCACUCGAUUGCACCACAAAGCUAGUUACAUAUUUGAAGGGUUUUAAUCGUAGAACUUUGGACGAAAUCUCGGCUAGAGGUUAUUAUUUUUGGUCCCUUGCGCACGAACGUACAGGCAAGUUGAGAGAUAUUCGAGAAGCACUUUUGGCAGCACACGCUACAGCGGUACUGCGACACGACUAUGCAGGUCAGGCAAUGCUUCUAAACUUAUUGUUGAGAAACUAUAUCAACUAUCGUCUCUAUGACCAAGCUGAUAAACUCGUAAGUCGGACCAAGUUCCCAGCAACUAGAAGUAAUAAUCAACUGGCGCGGUACUUUUAUUAUUUGGGUCGCAUUCGUUGUAUACAACUUGACUAUAGUGACGCCAUGCGGUGUUUACUUCAGGCACUUCGAAAGGCACCACAAAAUAUUGCACUUGGUUUUCGCACACAAGCUCAAAAGUUUGCAGUCCUUGUACAGUUGCUUACGGGAGAAGUACCGGAAAGAAGGAUUUUCCUACAAGAAGGAAUGCAAAAAGAACUUGGACCCUAUUUGCAGUUGGCUCGUGGAGUGAAAAAUGGAGACCUUCAUUAUUUCCAACAAGUCGUCGAUAACUUUUACCCAUUUUUUGAACGAGAUGGAACAGCGUCUCUGGUAACUCGAUUGCGUCAAAAUGUGAUAAAAGCAGGUUUGAAGCGGCUUACAGUCGCAUAUUCUCGAAUUUCUAUUGAAGAUAUACGCAAGUCGUUGAAUUUGGACACUGCGCGAGAUGCUGAGUUUAUUGUUGCAAAAGCGAUUCGAGAUGGUGUUAUUGAUGCUGUUAUCUAUCACAAGGAAGGUUAUAUUGAGUCUCGAGAGUCUACGUACCUUUAUGCGACUAUGGAACCACAGCAUUCUUUCCAUGAACGUAUUCGAUUCUGUUUGGAUAUUCACAAUGAAACUGUUCGAGCAAUGAGAUUUCCGGAAAAUGAUAAAAAAGACAUCGAAACCUUAGAAGAACGUCGAGAGAGAUUAAAGGAAGAACAGGAAUUAGCCCAUACUCUGGCAGAGGAAGAUGAGGAAGAUGACGAUAUUCUUUGAAUGUGAUUUUGUUGGACAAUAAAAUACUAUUGGUGCGUUGUAUCAGUUUGUUU